AUGCACGCCUCAUUCCAACUCUUGAGCCUCCUCCUGGCUGUGGCGCCUACCGCGCUUGCAGAGACAGACACCGGCCAGCGUCUUGGGUACGUCGAUUUGCCGGACGUCAGCAUGUCGGGCGUUGUCCUUGCCGCAAGCUCCUGUGGUACUGGCAGGACGGCCUGUGGCUCUGGUUGUAUGCCUCUUAGCGGUGUGUGCUGCAAUGACGGUUCCAAUACCUAUUGCCCUAUAGGCGAUCGCUGCGUGACCAACGGCUGCUGCCCAAUCGGCAAGACAUGUAGCGGCAACGGUGGCACGACGUGCGGGGCCGGCAGGAAGCGCUGCGGAACGGGCUGCAUCCCGCUGACGGGCAACUGCUGCGGCGACGGUUCGUACUGCGAGUCCGGCAACCUUUGCACCAGCGACGGCUACUGCUGCCCGAUCGGCAAGACCUGCUCCGGCAGCGGAGGUGGCGGUGACGAUACGACGACGACGCGCACGCGGACGCGGACGUCCACGACGGAAGAGCCCCUGACGACUACGACUCCUACCUCAACCAGGACCAGGACGACCAGGACGACGACGGAUGACGAUGACACGACUAUUCUGCCCACUGACACCUUCACCUUCAACCCCCUGACCAGUGACACUUCAACGACCUCGAGCUCGCGGCGAACCACAACGACUCCUAGUGGCACGAGCAUAGCAUCGGGGACUACUACUGCGGCAUUGGCUACGACUAGUGUCCUAAGUCAGGAGGGAGGUCGCUUCUCGCCAGAGGGCAAGCUGGCCGUUGCGGGUCUGGCUGUGGCUGCUGCCCUACUUGUCUAG